AUGCUCGCCGCCCUGCUCCUCCUCGCCACUGCAGCAGCACCCACCGCGCUCGCCCUCCCCGUCUACGACGCCGGCGCCCUCUCGCCCCGCGGCCUGCCGCUCCUCGCCGAGCGCGACGACGUCGCGUCCAACGCCGCCGCGAGCCUCAUCGCCUACUUCCCCAAGCUCACCUCGCCCACUCGCGGCUCGGUCUGGCAGGCCGGUGGCGUCCUCGAGGUUGCAUGGAACGCGACCCGACCCGACUACCCGGACAGCCAGCUGCACAAGUUUGCGUCUGUGUACCUCGGCUACCUCGACGACUCGGACCCGGGCAGCGGGUACAACCUCGACUUUGAGAACCCGAUCGGCAACGUCUCGUUCUACGACGGCUCGGGCACGGCGCAGCUCCCGCUCCCCGCCGACCUUCCGACCCGCUCGACCUUUAUAAUCACGAUGGGCUCGACCAACAACAUCUCGCCGCCGUUCAAGAUCGAGGGUGCAGCUGCGGCCUCGCCGUCGUCGUCGUCGGCUGCAUCGUCGCCGUCCGCCGACGCCGCCUCGAGCACACCUGCCUCGUCGUCGACGACCCAGGCGCAGAUCGGCGCGCCCGCCGUCACCGUCUACUUCCCGGACGGCCAGUCGACCGUCCUCGGCGGCGAGCCGACGUCGUCGGCCGCACCGACGAGCGCAUCGGGCGCCACGGCGUCGCAGGAGACCGGCCUGCGCGACAUCGCCGCGUCGUCGUCCUCGGCCGCCGCCAUCGAGAGCGCGUCGGCGCCCACGGCGACGAGCGCCGCGGCGGCGAGCGGCGUCGCACCGUCGGCGGCUGCGGCUGCGGCCGAGUCGACCACGGCGACGAGCGGCGCAGGUCGCUCGCUCGUCUCCGGCGCCGCCGUCGUCCUCGCCGGCGCGCUCGCCUUCCUCGCGCUCUAGGUCCCGCCCGCAUCCUCCCUCUCUCACUCGCACCUCCUUGUCCCUCGGUCCCACUCUGUUCCCCACCUGUCGUACCCCCCGUCCCGCCACCGCGCACGCAAAACGCCCCUCGUCCCCCCAACCACAGACACUCGGCCGCCGUCGUAUUUCUCUCGCCGCUCUCACAGUCAGUCGCACCCUCUCUAUCUCUCUUGACGUAGCAACGUAUAGCACCCCUGCACACGCAUAAUGAACGAGCCGUAGAAGCUU